AUGUCAGCCGUAGAUUCCAUCCGCAAAACGCCCAGCGAAACAGAAAUCGCAACCACCCUCUCCCACCUCAAGCUCUCCACCACCGUCCCCCAAAAGCCCCUCCACAAGCCAAAAUCCAAACCCGUCGCCGACAGCUGGGAUCUCGAGUCCUCCGGCUCCGACACCGAAACCGAGUCCACCGCUCCAGCGUCCACAAUCAGCACCACGACGCACGACGACUUACCUCCGCAGCCUCCACCACCGACACCCGCAUCUCCCAUUCCAUUCGAUUUCCCGGACAACACGCCGUAUGGCGCUGGGCGGUUGAGAGGGGACAGCGGGGUGAGUGCCAGCGAUGGAGGAAGAGGAGGGGGUUUGGACAAGAGGCCCGAGAAGACGACUGCGGUUGCAGGACGGAUGAUUGCGGGGGCGUUGGGGGUGCGGGCGCCGAAGCGGACGGAGGAGGAGAGGGAGUAUGAUCGUGCGAUGCGGGAGAAGGAGAGGAAGAGGAGAGGAGAGGAGAGGGAGAGGGAGAGGAGGGAGGCUGAGGAGAGGGAGGCGAGGAAGAAGGCUGUUUGGGAUGAUUAA